AUGGCCGAUUACGCGAGACCCUGGCAUAGGCCACAUGGGCGUCCUGGCGCCCCACCACUAGUCGUGUCGGGAACGAAUGACGUUCCUGGUGGUGGCAGGGGUUUCCCCGACAACUUACACACUGCGCACAGUGUUCGACAUUUCUACCCGUACGGCCAGGCGAUGGUACUGAGGUUCGGCAUCACCGUGGAAAGCCGAAGCAACCCGAGCGCCCGAUGCACCCGUUCCUCGAUAGCCCUAUUACUCCCCACCCGCAAUACCACGGAAAACAAGAAUGCCCGUCGCAUCCGCCAUCCCAGCGGACCUGACUCUCUCCGAGAGAUCCGCCUUCUUCUCCGGAGCGGCAAGUACCCCCUCCACACCGGCCUCCUCAUCCCGCCCGUCUCACCGAGCGCCUGCCACCGCGGCAGUCGUGAAUCCUCCCGCAGCUCUCGCGGCGGUGGCCACAUCCUCCGCAACCCCGCCUUUCUCUCCGCGAUUCUGGACGAGACCACGCUCACGAAUAUCCUCCGCUUCAAUACCUCGGCGAUUCACCUGCUGGGACGAAAGGAUGUGACGCAAAGGCUCCGCGCACUCGAGAGAGAUCCCGAGUAUGUCCUCGUGUACCUGCGGGAUCGAGAUGUCGUGAGGGUGCUGUCGGAGUUCUGGCGGAGCUGGAGGGACGCAGAGAUGAGGCGUGCGCCGGGGGAGGUUUUGGUGGAGGAGGCGGGAGAGGAUGCGGUGGAGGAGAAGGAGCUGGAACUGAGGGAUGUGGGUGGCUUGAUUGGCAUGCCUGAGCGCGAGGAUGAACUGCAGGCGCAGCUGAGAGCUGCUAGGCUGUAUGAGCUCGAUGCUAUACACAUCCUUCCACCGUUAGCCCUCAUCGAGAGAUAG